AUAUAUAUAUGCACUGCUUUCAUCUCUGGCUCGUGUUGUUUUGUGUAAUCACGAACGAAAGGCGAGAACCGAGGAAGCCAUCACUCAAAUCUUAUAAACACUGAAGGGGAGGGAGAUAGAGAGAGAUUUGUGUGUAAUCGAAUCGAAAAUUUAGGGUUUGCAGGAGUUGGAGAGGGAGGAUUAGGGUUUCGUUUGCUCCCAAUUAGGGAAAUCGAAUCCGAGGAAGAGAAGUUGGGAGAGCUGGAUAGGAACCGGUCUGUGAGUCAGGCUUAUUGAUUUUAUUGCAGAUGGCUGAUAAAAGAGUUGGUAAGCGUUCAACGAAUCAGAGAGGGUUUUCAAAAAUGGACUCUGGAAUAUGUAAUGUCUGUUCUGCUCCUUGUUCAUCAUGCACCCAUCGUAACGUGGGUUUCACAGGAUCAAAAUCUGACGAGUCAUCAGAUGAAAACGGCCACGGAGUUGCUGGCAGCCAGUUUUCUGUAAAUGAGGACCGUCUUUUGCCUUCAAAUAACACUGCUAGUGAAGCAAGCAACCUUGUUAAUUCCACUCAUGAUGCUCUCUCUGAGAAUGCUGAGAGUAGGGAAACAAUCAGACGUUCUGGGAUAUCCGAUGAUUCCGGAGCUGUUGCAAUGACUUCGAAGACAUCUUUUUCUGGAAGCAGGAUGAAACAUAAAGGGUCUGCAUCAGCUAAUGUGUUAGAUCAGAGCUCUACCCGUUUAGAGGGCCAGGAAGAUGGGAUAUUGUCAGAAAGGGAAAGAUUAGGACCACAGGGUGACACAGACAAAGAGGACCCUUCAGUUGAAGGAUCCACACCUUCUGGCCAGAACGGGAAGGAUGUUAAGUCAAGUAAAAGCGCGUCCUUCAAUAACUCAGAUGAGUCAGUCUCAACAGCUAUGUCUGAGAGCGAGAGCGAUUCUGAAAUGGUCUUACAUGAUGUAAAAGUUUGUGAUAUCUGUGGAGAUGCGGGUCGUGAAGAUCUACUUGCUAUCUGCACCGGAUGCAGUGAUGGUGCAGAACACAUCUAUUGCAUGCGGGAAAGACUCAAUGCAGUUCCUGAGGGUGAUUGGCUGUGCGAAGAAUGUCAAACUGUAGCUGAAAAACAGAAGCAAGAAGCUAAGAGAAAAAGAGAAACUGAAGUAAUCCUCAGUCCACAUAGCUCAGGCAAACGACAUGCAGAUAAGAUUGAGGCAGCUCCAGAUGCUAAAAGACAGGCGGUUGAAGAUUCAACCGGGUCACCCAAGAAACCUGUUCUCCCCAGAAUAGGUGCUUUAUCUCGGGAAACAUCAUUCAAGGGCUUAGACAGUCCAAGGGGAAAGCUAAGUCAUCAAUCAUCUUUCACUGAUAAGAUGGAAGGUGCACGCUCUACUGGUUCACAGCUUCAUCCUCCAAAAGGUGGAUUUUUGAAAUCCAGUUCCUUCAAUAGUUCUAGCACGAAACCAAAAGUGCAACUUAUGGAUGAUGAUGUUAUUCUCCCGAGAAAGAAGAUUAGGAAAGAUUCUUCUCUUGGAAACCUAAGCAAAUCAAUGUCAAGUAAAACAACAGACACUGGGAGUUCUAAUGGAAACGACUCACAAGCAAAAAUGCUCGCGUCAAAAGUUUAUCAUUCACAAGAAGGCAAAAGUCCAAAGCAACUGAAAGAUCGUAGUACAGAAGCUAACGCUCCGACAGCCUCCACCGAUCAGAAGCUCACUCCACGCAGCAGUUUGGGUUCUUCAUAUGCAAACAGUACCCGUGAUUCGAAGGCUUUGCAGUCUGAUGGCAAACGAGGUAGCUUGACGAAGCAAGUUAGCAAUCUAAACCGAAACCGUCUAGAAAGUCCUGUUACUUCUGGAAGUGAUAUUCCCACAAAUGAAAAGUGCAAUGCCCGCGAGCAAAGCUCAAGUCAAGCUGACUGUGAGAAUGAACUGCUAUCCACUUCCUGCGCGGGUGAGGUUGUGCCAAGCAACGGUAAUGUAGCCUCGCAGGAUAGAUUACCGCGGUCCAGGGAGUUUAGGGAGGUAGGGAAGAAAAGCAGAGAAGCCUCUGGUAAGCGCCAAAGGUCUAGUCUGUUAUCUGAUGCAAAAGGCUUACCAUCAUCUCAAAAAGAACGCCAAACUGCAGAAUCUAAUGAAACCUCAGGCGUUUCCGAUAGUGAUCUCCCUACCCCAAAAAAUGCUCGGGAGGAUAUAAAUAAGGGUAAUAGGUUGCGAGCAGCGGUUGAUGCUGCUCUUCGUAAAAAGCCCAGCUUUGGCAAGAACAGAGUAUUGGAGCAAUGUGAUACGUCCUCGGCGUCUAAUGUGCAUCCUAGUUCUGAUAAGGCUUUACAAAAUCAAUUACCUCCAAAGAUGCAUACAACUUCAUGGCCUGCUCCUGACCCGUACAAACAGACGAUUGUAACAAAUGAAAAGCAGCUUGUACCCUCUGGUGUUGAUGCGAUGAUGCCUCCACGAUCUGUGGAACUUGAUAUGAAGCCUGAAGUUAAUAUUCCCUCUUUGAAGUCUGUUAUGAGAGAUUGGCCAUUAGUACCCCCACCUGCUCUGUUGAGAAGCUCAGCCAUUCCAGACCAUGAGUCUAUAUGGCAAGGAAACCUGGAGGUGCGGAAAGCUAGAAAUCAGUCAGCUAUGCAUAGCGGAAUGCAAGCACAUCUAUCAACCUUAGCAUCACCCAAGGUUGCUGAAGUGGUGAAUAAAUUUCCAGAGAAGUUUAGCUUGAAUGAAGUACCUCGGCUAAGUACAUGGCCUGCACAAUUUCAAGACAGCGGUACUAAGGAAGACCAUAUAGCUCUGUUCUUCUUUGCAAAGGAUGUUGAGAGUUAUGAGAGAAACUAUAAGCCCCUCGUAGAUAACAUGAUGAAGAAAGAUUUAGCUCUGAAAGGAAACCUCGAUAAUGUUGAGCUUUUGAUUUUUGCAUCCAACCAGCUUCCUCCGAAUUGCCAGCGUUGGAACAUGUUAUAUUUCCUUUGGGGUGUAUUCCGAGGAAGAAAAGAGAUUUGUACAAACCCACAAAAGAACGCAUCUUUGCCUGAGGUUAUGCCGCGUGACCAAGACCCCAAUGACUUGUGCCAAACCAGUUCUCCUUCCAAGCAUUUGGAGAAAGCGUCUUCUCUACGUGAGAGCCCACACAAGAUGCAAGAAACUCAAAAUGGGAAACAUGUGUUCAGCCAUGAGAAUCCAAGUGACAGAGAAUCCUCUGUUGAGCGAUCAUCGAUCACAAAGGAGGAAACUUCUCGUAAAGAGGACGAACCAGGUGCAAAUCAUGUUCCUUGCCAAGCUAAUGGAUCAAACUCUGGAGAUAGUCUAGUGAAGAAGGUUCAGCAAAUUGAAGAGCGAGACUUAGGUGGUAGAAAGGAUCUGCCUUUGAGUGUCACGCCCCCUAACCAAGUCAAUCCUCUAGAGAAAGAUCUUAACUUUAGUCAGGCUAGUCACAGGAAGCGUCAAGUUUGGGAACUGACAAACCCCGCCACCGUGAACCAGAAAGUGGAGCUCGUUAAUGAAGCUUCACGCGAAGGAUCUCCGCAUAAGAAGCUGAAGACAGAAAACGAAAGUAGCAGCGUUACAUUUGGUAAUGAUUCGGGGAUGAUGAAGAAGAGUCCUAAAGGAGUGUUCCCUUUGGACUUGAAUAUGGAAGGAGAAGACAUCGAUGAUCUUAUUCCAUUUGGCAAUAACAAUGACACCGACGAAGACAACAAUAGGCGGUUAGUUGGCACAGUCCCGGAUCUCGGGCUGCCAUUUGGUGGUGAAGAAACAACUCAAGAAGACACUACAAGACUAUUGCCUUUCUUAGCCGGUAAAAACAACUCUGGGGAACAAAGUAGUCGCAGUAUGAAUAAAGCAAAAGAGAAAGAAGAAGAAGAUGACUCUGCUUCUCUGUCGUUGUCACUCUCGUUUCCGGGGGAGGAGAAGAAGAAUGUGAAUACUCCGUUUUUUCUGUUCAGAGACUUCCCCAGAUAACAAGGUUAUCGUUAAGUUUAUUUUUAUUAUGAGUGUCCUUAGUUGUUGGAGAAGACUCCAACAAGAUAAAAUCACAGGUUUGUAUAUGAAAAUGGUGAUGGGAAAGAAAGAUACCGAAUGUUUUUUUAAAUUACUUGUUGAAAUCUAUAGAAUAACAAAAAGACUUCUGAAUCCCUCUCUCUAUAUUACUUGUGUACUGGUUGUGAGUUUUCAUAACGCAUUAGAAGGAUACUUUAGUACUUUCAGCUAUAGUAUAAGAUAUCCAGACAAAUGUGUCUUGUUCGUCUUCCCAGUGUUCAUCAUCAGAUCUCUUGGUUUUACAUAUCCAAUGGCGUCCUGUGUUGCUCAUCUUUCUCUCUCAGUUCUUGUAUCUGGUGGCAAAGGUGGGUCUCAAUCUCAUCAUGUGAAAGCAAAUGGAUUGUCUGCUAAAAAUCUCAGUUCCGUUUGUAAAACUUCUGUAUUGACUGUUCAGAAGAAAUCAAGCCGGAGUGGCAAGUUUUCGGUUUCUGCACGGUAUGGAGACGAAGGGAGUAGGAGAGGAAGUGGUGGUGGUGGUGAUUUCAUAGCUGGUUUUCUUCUAGGAGGUGCUGUGUUUGGCGCUGUUGCCUAUAUCUUUGCUCCACAGAAGAAUUAUUAUGAGUGAAGAAGAUGAGUAUGGUUUCAAGAAGCCACAGCAACCAACUUACUACGAUGAAGGUUUAGAGAAAACAAGAGAGACGCUGAACAAGAAAAUCGAACAACUUAACUCAGCAAUCGACAAUGUUUCUUCCCGGUUAAGAGGUCGAGAAAAGAACACAUCUUCUCCCAAUGUACCGGUGGAAACUGACCCAGAAGUUGAAGCUACGACUUAAAAGAAACAAGACAC